UCUCCAAGGUCGGCUGCAGACAGGGAGGGGAUUUUUCCGAUGGAGGAGAGCGAGCGGUACCUACCCCUCCUACGAGGAAGUAGGUGAACGCUGUCAGGGUCGCACCGCCCUAGGGCUUGCGCCUGGACUUCGUCCCUCCCAGAUAUCCCAGCCAGCGAGCAGUUGCUCUGACCGCAGCCGGAGCCAAUGGCAAAAACCGUCCUGAAGCCCGGCCCCGCGGAAGGAACGGUUUCAGAGUUGUUUGUUUCUCUUUGAUAAAGGGACUCUGCCUUGCUCUGGCUUUUACUCUGUGCGUGACCAGACAACCUCCAGAAGCAGUUUAAGGCGAGGAACGAGAACACCGCGCAGCCUGAAGGAUGAAGUAUCUGCUUGACUUUAUUCUGAUGCUGCCCUUGCUCAUCGUCUUCUGCAUAGAGUCUUUCAUCAAGCUUUUUGUUCCCAAGAAGAAGAAAUCAGUCUCCGGAGAGAUUGUCCUGAUCACUGGAGCUGGUCAUGGAAUUGGAAGACUGACUGCCUACGAAUUUGCCAAACUUAAAACCAAAUUGGUUCUCUGGGAUAUCAAUAAGAACGGCAUCGAGGAGACAGCUGCAAAGUGCAAGGAACUGGGUGCCCAGGCCCAUCCCUUCGUGGUGGACUGCAGCAAGCGGGAAGAGAUUUACAGCGCUGCGAAAAAGGUAAAGGAAGAAGUUGGAGAUGUUAGCAUUCUGGUAAAUAACGCGGGCGUUGUCUACACUUCAGAUUUGUUUGCUACGCAAGACGCUCAAAUUGAAAAGACUUUCGAAGUCAAUGUGCUUGCACACUUUUGGACCACAAAGGCAUUUCUUCCAGAGAUGAUGAAGAACAAUCACGGCCAUAUUGUCACUGUGGCGUCAGCAGCUGGGCACACGGUGGUUCCCUUCUUGCUGGCUUACUGUUCCAGCAAGUUUGCUGCUGUUGGCUUCCACAGAGCCUUGACUGACGAGCUGGCUGCCCUGGGAAGAACCGGCGUCAAAACAUCGUGUCUCUGUCCUAACUUCAUCAACACGGGCUUCAUCAAGAAUCCGAGUACCAAUUUAGGGCCCACCCUGGAACCUGAAGAGGUGGUAGAACAUCUCAUGUACGGGAUCCUCACUGAGAAGAAAAUGAUAUUUGUUCCAGGUGCUAUAGCGUUUUUGAUAGUGUUGGAAAGGAUCCUUCCUGAGCGAUUCUUGGCAGUUUUAAAACACAGGAUCAAUAUUAAGUUUGAUGCAGUUAUUGGAUACAAAGAUAAAUGAUGAAGACUGCCUGGUUUUCUUGAAAGCUGAUUUACCGGGCUCAAGUUGAUUUCUUCCUAUAUUAAUCAAGAUUUUAAUGUUUUUAACUUUUUUUUCCUCAAUAUUCUGCUUCUUCACCGUCUCCUCUUGAAGUGUGACCACGCUCAUGAAAGCCAGUUUCACAUCCUAGAGCCAAGUAGCCUUAAGAGUUGCUCUUGCCAGGUGGUGGUGGCACAUGCCUUUAAUCCCAGCACUCAGGAGGCAGAGCCAGGUGGAUCUCUGUGAGUUCAUGGCCAGCCUGGGCUACAGAGCGAGAUCCUGGACAAGCACCAAAACUACACAGAGAAACCCUGUCUCAAAAAACAAACAACAACAACAACAACAAAAAAGAGUUGCUCUUACUGAAAAGGGGUGGGGGGGGCACACAAUCUAUUUCAUGAUAAUACUUUUCCCAGAUUUUGUAGCUCAUCACCAAGUUUUCAGAGCUUGUACUAUCAAUUUUUAUUUAUAAUAUUUGUAAUUGCGCUCUCAGUUUAUAUAACUCACAUUUCCUCUUCUAUUCCAUAUACAAUUAGAAACCUUUAUCUCUACUGAAUGAAGGACUGUGUCCAGUGUCACUUCACAAUGGUUUCAUGUGCUCUGGAACAUUCCAUCCCAUUUAUCAAAUACCAUUUCCUGAAAUACCAGCCCAAGGAAGCUGGGGGUAGAUGCUGUGGCAGGGAUAAAAGCAUCUGCAGGAUUUCAGGCUGAAGUACAGGGGAAUACACUUACAAAUGCUAAUAAUAAAUGGGCCAGAUUUCAGUUCUCAGUGUCUCCAUCUGCUACACAUAGAACAUGACUUGAACUUUAAAGGAAAAUCGAUGAUGCAAUAAAGUCUCUCUCUCUUG